AUGUCUUGUGCAAAUUAUCCUCUCUUUUGCAUUGUAGAAGAAGACAUGGUGUCUCUUGGCAUACAAUCAGGUUCUUACUCCCUCUCGGGAUCAAGUACAAAACGAAUAAAGAUAUCUUGGAAUAAUUACUACUCCUAUUAUGCUGGUAAUGCACGUCUACACGGCUCUAGUGCCUGGAUGCCUGGUUACACCAGGCCUGGACAAUAUCUGGAGGUAAGUAAAAGUGCAGAAAAUGAAAGUAUUUCUUCGGUUAGUCCAAAUGCACUGGUGGGUGUGACGCUUAGUGUUUCUUCUUUCACUGUGGGGUUCAGCAUAGUGAAACAUUCAAAGGUAGACCAAGUCAGUCUUGAAUGUGGGCUACGUAGCUUGUAGUGAUCUAAUCUGAUAUUGUACAGAUCUCACUAAGAAGAUUCAAACGUAGCGUGUAUAUGUGUGCUUGAGUGUGAUUUAUACCAUGAAAUAAUCAAACGUUGUACAUGCAGAAUGCAAGUGUCCCUUCUCAGAAGACUCUGCUGAUUAAUGGGUACUCAUAUACAGAUUGAGUGAUGUUUCUCGACCCUACCAGAUUUACUGGGUUAAACUGUAUCAUACUCGUGCCCGUCGAGAGGGAAUCAAUGAUUCCCGUUUUUUUAAGCUCAGUAAGAAAUUGAAGAGGAAAUUCAGCAAAACUUCAUUAUUGAAUCACGAGUAUAUUAUCAAUAAACUCAUUCUUGCUUGAGAAUUUCCCACCACUACACUUGGUAUUACUCCAAAACAUUCUAAUUUAAUGUAUAUUUAGAUAAAUUUUGGCAGCAGUAAAUAUAUCACCGGUAUUGCUACACAAGGCACUGGGAGAUGGAAUGAAAACAAUUUUGUUCGAAGCUACAGUCUUCAGUAUUAUGAUGGAAAAAAUUGGAUUGGAUACAAGGUAAAUAAUAAUAACAGACUUAACGAUAGGCAAGUGAUGCUGUUUUUCCAAAUUCAAACCCCAUUGUGUUUCGGAUCGGAUGGAUGGCCUCCGCUCCGGCAAAAGGUGAAAGGCUUUAUCCUUUUCAGUUCGCACUACAUUUUUAGUUGAAAUACAACUAACAAAUUAUAACAUCACUGAAUGAAUAGCACGGCGGUAACUUCGAUAUUGCGGCUUAGGGAGGGGGGAGGGGGGAGCUUGUUUUGCCCGACCAAAAGGCGUGGCCGAAGUCGUGCCCGACGGACAUUUCUGUAGCUAAUUAAUAUUUCUUUUCCCGAGAGGGAGGGAAAUCAUCAAGUCAAUCAAUCAUUUUUCAUCAAGUUUCGAACUAAUCUACCAUAAUUUGUACAAGUUAUCAGCAAUAUUUUCGUAAAAUUUAACCGAAUUUUUACUACAACUAUUACUACAACUAUUACUGAAUUAUAUUUUUUGCCCGACGAGCGUGUCCUUAAAAUUGUUAAAAUUGCCCGACAAAACUGCAACAUUACAACGUUGGAGGGAGCUGGGGGGGGGGGUGUCGCACCCCCCAACCCCCCAGGAGUAUACGCGCCUGUUGAACAAUGCAGAAGUAUUGUUGAAAAACAUUAUUGUGCUAUACUUACAUACAUAAUUACAGUAUUUAAUUUCUUUUGCAGGAAUUUGGAGAAAAGAAAAUAUUUCCCGGAAACACAGACGUCUCAUCUGUUGUGAAGAACUUCCUCUCAGUUCCUACAGCUAUGCAAAAAUUACGAAUAUAUCCCGAAUCUUGGAAUAAUGAAAUUGCUUUGAGAAUUGAGCUGUAUUCAAAUCGUAUGUUAUUUUUAGUUAUAUAUAAUCCUUACUUUGUUCUAUAGAAAAAUUAUACAUAAUACUUUUAAGGUAACUCGAUAUAGUUAUCACAAAAACCCUGCUCAAGAAUCGCGAGCAAAACCCGGUGACCAUUCUUACGCGCAGCGGCGCAGGUUGCGGAAACUGAUUAACAAAAUGAAAUAACUUCAGUCAGUGGCUCGCGUCAUCUCACGUCAUUGCGCGUGUUCUAUAGCGUUUUUAUGUCAAUUGCUGACGUCAUUAGAAUUUUCUAUUUUAGAAAAACAAUGCGCUAUAUCUCUCUAUUUUGUCUGGUGACCUAUGUUCAAAUUUUGAACGCUGCAUAUUGCACUGCUAAAACAGUUUCGUUAUACAAAAAAUAAAAAAAUUCCAAUUCUGUAAUGCCAAAAACAUUUUACCGAAGAGUACGACAUUUUCGCAUUUUCCAAAAUAAUGGCAUUACAGAAUGUUUUUAUAUUUUGCUAAUUGUUAGUUUCUUCCAAGUAAAAUAGCGCACGAAAAAAAAUUGGGAAUCAUCAUGCUUCUUUUCAUUUGUAGUGAAUUUCGUUCACGUAUGUCGUUAUAUGCUACUAAAACCAAUACAAUUUGAAAGUAGAGAUAUCAAAAGCUGAAACUAAGCCAGGCGAAACUGAAAAACAAUAUCUGCUGAAUAAAUCCUUAAAAUGCGUAGUUUGAACAUGUCAUAGUGUUGAACACCUGAAUUUUUGAAAAGUGUAUCGAGCCACCUUAAAAGAAAGUGUCUUCGGGAGUUCAGUUGGAGGUGAAUAGCAAUUCUCCAGUGGCGUAUAUUCAAAAUAAUCUAUAUACAGACAGUGUUGCGCGCGUUUAAGUUUAUUGUGUUUACCUUGUAGACGUAGUAGUUAGUUUUGCACAUUUUACAUUUUAAUACGCCUUUUACUUUUUGUUUCAGCAUCUAUUUCCACCCAAAAUUGUAUUCAGUAUACACCAACAACUAGUGGUAAGAUCUUUUCAUCAUUAAAAUUCGUUUCCAU